CAUUGCAUUUUUACGAAAGAGGAUGAUCGCGGUGGUCUUGCUAGAAAUUUUAUAAUAUUUCUUAUUUAAGUGGUGCAGUGAGUGAUCUAGUGUAUAUAUCGUUGUCGCAGCUAUAAAAGGUUAAAAUCGUAAUCAUGUUUAGCUGGCUAAAGAAAGAGGGCGAAAAAACGGAAAGUAUCGAAAAUGUCGUGGAGGGUCUCAAAAGAAUUUACAAAACGAAACUUUUACCGCUUGAGCUGCACUAUCAGUUCCACGACUUCCACUCUCCACAGCUUGAGGACCCGGACUUCGAUGCGAAACCGAUGAUACUGCUCGUAGGUCAAUAUUCGACCGGUAAAACUACGUUCAUCAAAUAUCUUCUAGAGAGAGAUUUUCCCGGGAUCCGCAUUGGACCCGAGCCUACGACGGACAGAUUUAUCGCGGUAAUGUUUGAUGAAAAAGAAGGAAUGAUUCCCGGAAAUGCUCUCGUCGUAGACCCUAAGAAACAGUUUCGCCCACUGAGUAAAUUCGGAAACGCCUUCCUCAAUAGGUUUCAAUGCUCGACAGUGAACUCGCCGGUCCUGCGCGGUAUCUCCAUCGUCGACACGCCCGGUAUCCUAUCGGGAGAGAAGCAGCGCGUCGACAGAGGAUAUGACUUUACCGGCGUUCUCGAAUGGUUCGCGGAGCGCGUCGACCGUAUCAUAUUGUUGUUCGACGCCCACAAACUCGACAUUUCAGACGAGUUCAGGCGCAGUAUCGAAGCUCUGAGGGGCCACGAUGACAAAAUCCGUAUCGUUCUGAACAAGGCUGAUAUGAUCGACCAUCAGCAACUGAUGCGUGUGUACGGUGCUCUGAUGUGGUCCCUGGGCAAAGUGCUGCAAACACCUGAGGUGGCCCGCGUUUAUAUUGGUUCCUUCUGGGACCAGCCUCUCCGCUACGAUGUCAAUAGGAGGCUUUUCGAGGACGAGGAGCAGGACCUCUUUAAAGAUAUGCAGUCACUACCACGAAAUGCUGCACUACGUAAGUUAAACGAUUUAAUCAAGAGGGCACGCCUCGCUAAAGUCCAUGCAUACAUUGUUAGCGAGUUAAGGAAAGAGAUGCCCUCGAUGUUCGGUAAAGAAGGUAAAAAAAAGGAUUUAAUUAAGAACUUAGGUCAAAUUUACGACAGAAUUCAGAGAGAACAACAGAUUUCUCCAGGUGACUUCCCUGAUAUUAAGAAAAUGCAGGAGACCUUAGCUAAUCAUGACUUUACCAAAUUCCAUCCAUUGAAACCAAAAUUACUAGAAGUAGUGGACCACAUGCUGGCUACAGACAUCGCUCGUCUCAUGGACAUGAUCCCACAGGAGGACAUCAACAUCGUCGCCGAGCCUCUCAUCAAAGGUGGCGCGUUCGAAGGCGUAGAAGACCAAGUAUCGCCGUUUGGCUACGGACGCGGCGAGGGCGUGGACGCCGGCCACGGGGACCCGGAGUGGAUAUGCAGCAAGGAGAAGCCUCAGUACGACCAGAUCUUCCAGAGCCUCAACCCUAUCGACGGGAAGGUCACCGGCGCCGCGGCAAAGACGGAGAUGGUGAAGUCGAAGCUACCGAACUCCGUGCUCGGUAAGAUCUGGAAGCUGUCCGAUAUCGACAAGGACGGGUUCCUGGACGACGAGGAGUUCGCCCUCGCCAUGCAUCUCAUCCGCGUCAAGAUCGACGGACACGACCUCCCCGCGGAGCUACCUCCGCACUUGGUACCGCCCUCCAAGCGCAACUGAGCCUUGAAAACCCUUGAAACUCUUGGAAACGUUAUUCGCGACCUAAUCACGUACAUAUAUUUUGGUCACGGGGCUCUGUUUCAUUUGUAAAAGACAACACCCGUAUUGGAUUUUUCCAAAACAAUAAAGGGUAAAAGACUACUCGUAGUCUUGGGUUUUUGUUCCUGACGAAUUUUGAUGAGGCUUACACUAAUUGUUGAGUGUCUCCACCACAGAGCCCCCUUCGUUGAAAACGUUAUUAUCAACCUAAUUACGUAUAUAUUUUGUUCAUGGGGUGAAGGGCCUCUUGAUUAUUAAAAGACACUUGUAUUAAAUUUUUCCACAUAUAUAUAAAACCAGAUUUUUGGCCCCGAUGAAUUUGGAGCUCGUCACAGACAAGCUCCGUCACUAAUCGUCAGGCAACAGUUUAAAUGCAGCUUCACUAUUUGUUUUGAGAAGUUUCUUCAAGGCGUCUCAAUUGUACGUAAAUUAUGUUAAACGGAUCCAUAAUUUUUUAUAUAUAAAUGAAAACGCGCAAAUAUGAUGUUCCAAUGUUUCCCGAGCUACAGCUUCGUCCUACCGUUUGUAUUGAAAGUAAAUAAUAAUUUAUUGAUAUUUUAUUUUGUUGUUUUGGUGUCAUUUUUCUAUCAGACCCUUAACCUUUAAUACAAACAUUUCCACGUAAUAGCUAAAAGACAUUAGUUAGAUUUGGUAUUCGUGUGGGACCCAUCCAUCAUUGUGUGCUUUAUUUAGUUUUAAGAUAGUUUUAGCUUCCCGUUAUAUUUUAUUUUGGAUGUGAUUUCAUUUCGCUUUGCGAUAUGUGUACGAGGGCGGAGCAGUAGCUUUCAGUCAGUUGCGAAUAUUUGCAACAGAAUCAAAUGAAUUCGUAUUCUGGCGCUCGAUGGAAGCCGAUGUGCAAAAUACCAGUGACACACUGCUGCAGUUUGUAUUAAAUUAUCAAAGAGAAAAUCUUAUGAGAUAUCUAUAAUUGUAUACAUUAUAGUAAUAAAUCUUAAAUUGUUAUAACGUUUUUAAUAUUUUAGCUUUAUGACUUAAUUUAUUGUUGAGGCGAGACUCGUUUGGUGCUUCAAUUUGUUUUUUUUUUUUUUUAUACGCGUUGUAUCAAAAAAAAUAUAUUUUUCUUCAUAUAUUUAAGUACAUUUUUAAAUUAUUUUUAAUAUAAAUUUAUUUAAGGUCACGUAUGUUAUGCAUGCUUCUUCAUUGACAUUUAAUUUUAAAAAUUAUACUUACCACGAGUUGUUCCUAUUAGUGAUUUUCUGGCUUAACAAUAAUGAUCAUUAAUUUUACAUUGUAGAUAAAUUUAUACAAUAAAUGUUGCUAAAUUCACCGAUAAAAACUCUUAGUUUUAAUUCCACAUCUCUGUGUACUUAGUCACGUAGGCCUGUCACCAGAAACAGUUAAAAUUUUCUGGCAUUUCUAGCAUUUAUUUAAAAACUUAUAGUUCAUUGUGCAGUGCCUUCGCUAUAAUUAAGAAAUGUUCGGUCUCCAAGCUUCGACGCAGGUCCUUGUAAUCUGAAUGAGUUAUUACGCUGGAGGUUCACUAUUUCAGGAAAAAUGUAUGUAAAUAUGGAAUUUUGGAAGUGUUACAGUUUUUGGAAUGUACUUUACUGUCCCACGUCCAGUCCUGGCAUAUUAAUGUAAGCAGCCAGCACUGGAUGUGGAGCGGGGUAGUUUUACAUUUGCUACUUUGUGUACAUAAAAUAAACAAGAAUAUAUAAUGUAAAUGUAUUUAUCAUAAAUUAUACACAGAGUGUAAUAAAUAGUUAAGAAAUUUCA